UUGAGAAUGGUAGUUGAGUUUGAAAGUUUCUUCGAACCAACGAUCCUGUACAAAACCGCAAAUCCUAUAAUUGUGAAAGUCAAACAUUGUGAGAGAGAGAGAGAGAGAGAGAGAGAUCCAAGUCAAUGUUCAAAGCUUUUGUUCCACGAGAAAAACCAUACAUUUGAAUGAUUCUUCUCACAUUACCCAUUCUCUUUCUCCAAAUCUUAUUUAUGUAUUCAAAAUAUAUACAUAUUCUCAUGUAUAUUAGAAUUAUAAUUCACUUUUAUUUGUUUUACAGCUGAAAUUUUAGGUGCCUAUCAGUCUUUUGUUUCUGAGUUACUGAGUUUCUUGAGAUAUUGGGGUGUAUUGAUCCAGCUGAAUUGGGGGUACCUGUCUUCUUUUGUUUUAAAGCCUUCAUCUUCACAUAACCUUAAGUCAUUCUUCCUUUCUUUGAUUCUCUGCUUCUUGGUUCUUUUGACAACUGGGGUUUUUUUCUGUUCCCUAUAAAAUAUUUGUUUAUUGUUUGGUUAGUGGAGAGAUUUUAAUUUUUGUUGGAAUUUUUGGGGUUCAGAACUUGAUAAAAAGAGCUUUUUCUUGAAGAAGUUGCAGUUGUCAGAGUGCAUUUUAUUAGUGUAAUAGAAAAGGCAAAGGUUCUUGCUCUUGUUGUUGGAAGUUUGAAGAGAAAUGAAAACUAGUAGAAAAAAGAGGUUGCAUUUCAGCAAGAUCUACUCGUUCAAACGUGGGAAAGGAACAUCAAAAGUUGAUCAUACAAGGAUUGGGGGACCAGGGUUUUCAAGAGUGGUGUAUGUUAAUGAACCAGAUGGUGUGGAGGCAAGUCUUAGGUAUGAAAAUAAUUAUGUUAGAACAACUAAGUAUACUGCUGCAACUUUCUUGCCCAAAUCUCUGUUUGAGCAGUUUAGGAGAGUGGCUAAUUUUUACUUCCUUGUAACUGGCAUCUUGUCCUUCACAUCACUUGCACCUUAUUCUGCUGUAAGUGCCAUUAUUCCUCUAAUUAUUGUUAUUGGAGCUACUAUGGUGAAAGAAGGUAUCGAAGACUGGCGGCGAAAGCAACAGGAUAUUGAAGUGAAUAAUAGAAAGGUCAAGGUGCAUAAGGGUGGUGGAGUUUUCGACCAUAUCGAAUGGAAAAAUCUAAGAGUAGGUAACAUUGUUAAGGUGGAGAAGGAUGAAUUCUUUCCGGCAGAUUUAGUUUUGCUUUCAUCGAGUUAUGAAGAUGCUGUCUGCUAUGUUGAGACGAUGAACCUUGAUGGGGAAACAAAUUUGAAACUCAAACAAGCAUUAGAUCUAACUUCAUCCUUAAACGAAGAUGAGGGUCUUAAAGAUUUUCGGGCUAUCAUUAAAUGUGAAGAUCCUAAUGCUAAUUUGUAUAGUUUUGUUGGAAGUAUGGAACUCGAGGAGCAACAACAUUCUCUUUCUCCUCAACAACUGCUACUUCGAGACUCUAAACUUCGGAACACGGACUACAUAUAUGGAGUUGUUAUCUUCACCGGUCAUGACACGAAAGUUAUUCAGAACUCUACAGAUCCUCCGUCCAAGAGAAGCAGAAUUGAGAAGAAAAUGGAUAAGAUUAUUUACUUCUUAUUUGGUGUUCUAUUCUUGAUGGCUUUUGUUGGAUCAAUUUACUUUGGUAUUGUAACCAAAGAUGACUUAGAAGGUCAACCUAAAAGGUGGUAUCUUAGACCGGAAAGGGCAAAUAUAUUCUUUGAUCCAGAUCGAGCACCAAUUGCAGCAAUAUAUCAUUUUCUGACAGCCUUGUUGCUAUACAGCUACUUGAUUCCAAUAUCUUUGUAUGUGUCAAUAGAAAUUGUUAAAGUUCUCCAGAGCAUCUUUAUAAAUCAAGAUAUUAAUAUGUACUAUGAGGAAACCGACAAACCAGCACAUGCCCGCACCUCAAAUUUGAAUGAGGAACUUGGCCAAGUAGAUACGGUACUUUCUGAUAAGACGGGUACACUGACUUGUAACUCAAUGGAGUUCAUUAAGUGCUCAGUGGCUGGCACUCCUUAUGGAUAUGGUGUCACAGAAGUUGAAAAGGCUAUGGCUAAAAGAACAGGGUCUCCAUUGUUGGUAAAUGGAGAAGAAUAUUUUGAGGAUCACAUCAAUAAAAAUAAGAAAUCAUUCGUCAAAGGUUUCAAUUUUGAUGAUGAAAGGAUCAUGAAUGGGAACUGGGUAAAUGAGCCCCGUUCAGAUGUCAUUCAGAAGUUCUUUCGCUUACUGGCAAUCUGUCAUACUGCCAUACCUGAUGUGGAUGAAGACACGAGUAAAGUCUCAUAUGAAGCUGAGUCACCCGAUGAGGCUGCUUUUGUUAUUGCAGCAAGAGAAGUUGGCUUUGAAUUCUUCAAAAGAACUCAAACAAGUGUGUCGGUGAAUGAAUUGGAUCCUGUGUCAGGCAGAAGAGUUGAAAGGACAUACAAACUUUUAAAUGUUUUAGAGUUUAAUAGUACAAGAAAGCGUAUGUCUGUGAUAGUAAGAGAUGAGGACGGAAAGCUUUUAUUACUCUGCAAAGGUGCUGACAGUGUCAUGUUUGAGAGGCUUUCAAAGAAUGGAAGGGAAUAUGAAGUAGAAACCAGAGAACAUGUACAUGAGUAUGCUGAUGCAGGCUUAAGGACCUUGAUACUUGCUUAUCGGGAACUUAGUGAAGAAGAAUAUGAGGUGUUCAAUCAAAAAAUUUCGGAGGCCAAAAACUCAGUUAGUGCAGAUCGUGAGGUGUUGAUUGAUGGAACGACAGAAGAAAUCGAAAAGGAUUUGAUUCUUCUCGGUGCAACAGCUGUUGAGGACAAGCUCCAACAGGGGGUUCCUGAAUGUAUUGACAAGCUUGCACAGGCAGGAAUUAAAAUAUGGGUUCUGACUGGAGAUAAGAUGGAAACUGCUAUUAAUAUUGGCUAUGCAUGUAGCUUACUCAGACAAGGAAUGAAACAGAUUAUCAUAAACUUGGAGACUCCAGAGAUCACGGCACUGGAGAAAACGGGAGAAAAGGAUGCGAUUGCCAAGGCUUCGAAGGAAAGUGUUCUCCGUCAGAUUACUCGAGGGAAGGCUGAAGUUUCUACAGAAAGCUCUGAGGCAUUUGCUUUGAUAAUUGAUGGGAAAUCUCUUGCAUAUGCAUUAGAAGAAGACAUCAAAAAAUUGUUUCUCGAACUUGCUAUUGGCUGUGCGUCUGUAAUAUGCUGCCGUUCGUCCCCGAAACAAAAGGCAUUGGUAACAAGACUUGUUAAAGAAGGAACCCAAAAGACAACUUUGGCAAUUGGUGAUGGAGCGAAUGAUGUAGGAAUGCUUCAAGAAGCAGAUAUUGGAAUUGGAAUAAGUGGCGUUGAGGGAAUGCAGGCAGUCAUGUCAAGUGAUAUUGCAAUUGCCCAGUUCAGAUUUCUGGAACGCUUACUUUUGGUUCAUGGGCAUUGGUGUUAUAGAAGGAUAUCUUCAAUGAUAUGCUACUUCUUCUACAAGAAUGUCACGUUUGGUUUCACAGUUUUUCUAUACGAGGCAUAUGCAUCAUUCUCUGGACAACCUGCUUAUAAUGACUGGUUUUUGUCCCUUUACAACGUAUUCUUCACAUCACUACCAGUAAUUGCUAUGGGGGUUUUUGACCAGGAUGUGUCUGCCAGAUUGUGUCUAAAGUUUCCCUUGCUGUACCAAGAAGGCGUGCUAAAUGUCCUGUUCAGCUGGAGGCGUAUAAUUGCAUGGAUGGUUAAUGGGCUUUGCAGUUCCAUCAUCAUCUUUUUCUUCUGCAAAAGAGCACUAGAUCCUCAGGCCUUCAAUAAAGAUGGAAAAAUCGCUGAGUUCCAAAUUUUCGGGGCUAUAAUGUACACCUGUGUUGUCUGGGUUGUGAACUGCCAGAUGGCGCUCGCCAUCAGUUACUUCACCUUAAUCCAGCAUAUUUUUAUCUGGGGCGGGAUUGCUUUAUGGUAUCUUUUCCUCUUGGCCUAUGGGGCUAUGCCUCCAAGCAUUUCCACAACUGCAUACAAAGUCUUCGUUGAAUCUCUUGCCCCGACACCUUCUUUCUAUAUAGUCACACUCUUUGUGGUUAUCUCAGCCCUGAUACCGUACUUUGUAUUCAACACAAUUCAGAUGAGAUUCUUCCCAAUGUACCAUGGGAUGAUACAGUGGAUAAGAUACGAAGGUAGGUCAGAUGACCCUGAAUACUGCAACAUGGUGAGGCAGAGAUCUAUACGAACAACAACUGUGGGAUUUACUGCACGUUCAUUAGCACGAACAAAUCCAUUGAAUUCAUCAGCACGAACAAAUCCAUCGAAUGAUAGAAGUGCUAAUCACAGAUAACGAUUACGUAUGUUCCCUUCGUUUCUUAAUUUAGAAACUCUUCCCAUUGUAAAUGAUUUUGGAGGCUGGUUUUAUUCAACGAGUAUAUGCCUUGAUGAACACAAGGUCUGUACAAAAGUAUAAGUUCGGUAAAGGCUCCAUUACUUUGUAAAUAUUGUCAUUGGGGUGGUUACAAGUGCAGUAGCCAUGUUUAUUUAUUCAAUUUUGUAUCCUGUAACAAUCAGAGAUUUUCAUCAAGUAGAGAAAAACAUCCAUAAUUGUGGAUGAGUUCUAAGAAUAACACAAGGGAAUUUUCUAUUUAUCCUAGAUUUCUGUCA